GUCCAAGGGUUGAUUGAAUCAGCCCUAGCGUCUCAGCAUGCCUCCUUUAGGCAAGAGAUAGAAAAGAUGGAAGCUAGGCAUAACAAGCUGAUAGAGAAAUCCGAAGAAAAACAUUGCUCCAAUCUCAAGGAGAUAAGCAAAUCAGUGGACAAAGCUCUAGAGAUCAUUUCUCUAUUGAGUAACUCUGUGAGCGACACAAUGGAGGCGUAUGCAUCUGACUGUCAUCUUCAACUCAAUGAGGUUAAUAAAAUUAAAGAGCAGAUUGCAACAGUCACAGUGAGCUUACAGAAGCAAAUGUCCUUUCUCCAGAUGGACAUUAGGUCAGCCCUGGCAGUGUCUUCAGCAAAUCAGGUAGUAACUAAAGACUGCUUGAAGGUUAUUAUUGAAAAUCAGAAGGAAGCUUUCAGACUGUUCAGACAUUUUGUCACCCCCACUGGCAAUCGCAAGAUGGAAGUAAUUGUCCAACACAACAGUCCAUCCCUGAUUUUAGAGCUCCCAAUUGAAGUCAAGCAAGGAGAACUUAUCUACAUUCCAUCGCAUCUGAACAUGACUGAUUUGAUCCUUGAAGCUCAGCAGAGCAAUCCGGAGAACUCAGCACAUCAUCUGUCUAGCUCAGGUCUAGAUGGAACAGAAGCUGUAGGAACCAUUGCAUCCCACUUCUCAAAUGAUGCCCACACAAAGGAGAGAUACUAGAACAUCAAGCACAUCAAAGAACAGUGUGGAAUGAUGCAAGGCAUUGGAAAAGAAAAGAAAGCUUAAACUCCAUAGUUGGUUCAAGGAAGAAGAAGAGGAAGCUAGAAACCAUCUAAAGUUCUAAAAUCCUGAGUUCAAACACAGCAGCCCACUUCUAGGAACAUCCGGAAGGUAUCAUAGAGAAGGUUUGGCAUUGGAAUGUUGAAGUUAGUGAGUUAAUCGUCGGAAUCGUGUUCAUCGACAUAUUCAAAAUUCUGGACAGCAACUUUCCCUUGACUUCAUGUCCGAUUUACGCUAUCUUACAUAUGUUAAAUCGAAAUACUUUCUAUACGAAAGUUAUAGCCUUACAUCUUAGGAAUCCACUGAAUCAAACGGUUUACAAUUC